GUGUGUCGAAAACAAGUUGCCAACUGUCGUUUUCUGCGCUGAAACUCCUGCCUUGCGUCUCUGCAACAUUGAAUUCAAAUUUGAAAACGUAGCUAAAACAAACAUGGCAGACGAAGAGAAUUUACCGUCCGGAUGGGAGAAAAGAAUGAGCCGUAGUUCAGGCAAAGUGUAUUACUUUAAUCACAUCACCAAUGCCAGCCAGUGGGAACGCCCAGUGGGAGACGGCCGUGGAGAACCAGAAAAGGUACGCUGCUCUCAUCUGUUGGUGAAACAUAAUCAGUCACGUCGUCCGUCUUCCUGGCGAGAGCAAAAUAUCACACGUACCAAAGAUGAAGCCUUGGACCUCAUUCAGAAGUACAUCGAACAGAUCAAGUCUGGAGAGGAGAAAUUUGAAAGCUUAGCCUCUCAGUUCAGUGACUGCAGCUCAGCGAAAAACGUUUUCACAACUGGAUCUCCUUUGAGAUCCCAGCCUCGGACAAUGGUCACAGACAGGGUCCCCUUUGAGGCCUCCCUUGGACAGCAGUUGGUGCCCAGGUUGGGAACACCAGAACAGAGGGUUGGAGCAGAGGGUACAGCUGCCACCGGAGCUCAGUGUGACCACAUCAAAACCUUCUCCUACCAGGUUGUGGCCUGGUACAAAUGGAGCAGCAUCACAUUGGGCUUUAGUCCCAGUCUGGCAGCAGAGAACAGAGCAGGGAAACAGGAGGAGGCUUAG